AUGCUAAGGCGAACAGGCAAGGUCCAGUUCAUCAACUGGACAGACCGCGAAGACGGUGAUUCUGCUGGGACUCAGCGGAGAGCGCACUCGCACGCUGCCCGCGCCGCCCACGCCAGAGAAAGGCGGCUGCGCACGCUGGAGUACCAAGCCGCGAAGGCCGCUCGAGGCCCUGACGAAGACCACGGAAACAGAGACGGCGCUCUGGAGACCAUCCACAAGGUGCCAGCGCCCAGUGCCGACCCGUCCGGAGUGAAGGAGACCGCCGCGUCUAGUCCCCUGGGACUGUUGACGCCGGGACGAGGAGACCCUUUCGCGAGCUUCGCAAGCCCCUUUCGACCCAUCGAGCACUUCCUCCUUUAUCACUAUGUGACGGCGGUCAUUCCCUUCAUGCAAAGCCUGUGCGUCAUGCUCAGAGACCGCGUGACCUACCUUGAAGAAAGGAGUCGGGACUGGGUCCAACUUGCGCUUUCCGACGCUGGCAGUUUAAAGGGAAUCUUCCUCGCCGCGAGCCGCCAUUUGUCGAAAGUCCAUCAGCAGCGACAAAUGUAUCUGUAUCUGACCCUGCAAUACAAAGUGGAUUGUGUCCGGGCGCUCCGGCGUGCUAUCUCUGCCGGAACGUCGGCCGUGGAUGAUUCCGCGUUUGCCCUAGCCAUAAUACUGGCCGCCGACGAGCUCUUGCUCGGCAAUAUCGAGAUGUCCCGACAUCACGUCCGCGGGGCGGUCAAGAUGGUGGAGCUCAAGGGCGGUCCGCAGACUCUCGGUCUCGGUGGCUUUCUCGAGCACAUCCUGUACAAGUAUGUGGGCGAGGUAGGACUUCCGUACGAAUUCGAACCACCUGAGAUGCCAGACAUUUGAGUGUAUGAUCUGUUAGGACGCUCUGGACCGUUUGAUUGUCUGCGUGUCUAGGUCAGCAUCAAGAUUCUGCUGGAAUGAGGACAGCCUUUAAGCUCAACUCGCAUAACUCACACGCCUCACCAGGUGGGUGACGAACCCACAGACCUCUGUCGCAAAAGUCCA